AUGGAGCAGAGGGGGCUUGUUGAUUGCUUUAUAAAGCAUCUUGAGGCUUGUGAUAUUCCACAGGCUGUAUUGGUUUUGACCUUUCAGAGAAACUUCUCUCAGAAGACUUUCUCUGACGAGGAGAAGAACCAACUGUUGGCAUCUCCUGUUCCUCCACCAGUUUCACCGUCUGGCAAUCUUAAUCAUGAGCAUCUCAAUGAAGCAAGAACUGGAAAACUCCUCAGUUGUGUUCUCAAUUUGAUGGCAGGAGUGCAGGACCAACCUGGACAUCAAAAGCGAACAAGCAAAAUAAUUUUUCAUCAUGAGCAUCUCAAUGAAGCAAGAACUGGACAAUCUCCUGAGUUGUGUUCUCAAUUUGAUGAUAGGGCCAACCUGGACAUCAAUAGAUGCAAGCAAAAGAAUUUUGCAUCCCAUAUUCCAAAUCUACCUCUAUCAAUCAUCUGCCUAGCCAACCUAUUAAUCCUGAAGUCUCUGCCGACGUCUUCAACUCCAAGGAGAGCAAUGCCUAGCUCUGAUGACAAGCACAAGGCCAGUGCAGGCCAAAAGCAGACAUUAUCUCGUAAGCCUGUGAAAAGGGUGUUAGAUUUCCCAUACUUGGAAGGUGAUAAAGGCGCAUCAGAAUGCUAUGAAUUCUUACAUGAUAGUAGCACUCAAAUUCUUGCUGGCUCUUCUUCACUACUUAAGAAGGUGGAGGGAACCCUCGAGGAGGAACUUGAGCACAAGAUAAUUCUAGAUAGUUCAGAUAUUAUUGACAGAAGGGAGGUUGGAGAACAGAUUGGGAUUCUUGAAAUGCGAGUUCCAGAUUGGAUUUGCAGGAUACCAGCAACCAGUGGCGAUGUCUUGUACAAGAUCAAGAAAAUGUCAAGACUUAGGCACGGUUCAGGCAAAGGCUAUAGCUUAGGACAAUAUAUAAAGGUAUCUUGA